CCAAGCUGACUCACCGGCAGGAAAACUGGAGCUGGGUUUGAAUGCAGUUCAAAGCUGACUCGCACUYGGUAUCCACAGCAGAUUCACUCCAUCAUUCCAUAGUUUUUAUGUUCGUAUUUCCAGAGGCAGCCAUCAAGAAAUGGCCAAUCCAUUACCUGUGGUAGCCCAGGAAGAUUUGGAAAGCUUUACCUUGACCAGGACAGGCUCAGGCUUUGCCCUCAAAGCCUUUCAUAUUUCCUGGAACAUCCCCAUCUCUGUGAAGCUGCUGACCAGCCAGGACACUACAGACAGGGAGUGGAAGUCGCUACUUCAGGACAUAGCAAGUGUCAGACACUGUGAGUCUGAACGUGUCCUGCCUUUCCUUGGGAUUUACCAGCACCACAGCCUUGUGGGGAUAGUGACUGAAUGGAUGAACAAUGGAUCCCUCCACUCGCUCAUCCAUGAGCAUCAACUGUACCCAGAACUUCCCUUUCCCCURCUCAUAAGGAUCCUSUYGGAUGUAGCUGAGGGGCUGCAUCAUCUUCACAGCCUUGAACCUGCUCUCUGCCACUGCAGCCUGAAACCUUCCAAUGUGCUUUUGGAUGUGCAGUACAGAGCCAAGAUAUCAGAUUAUGGCCUAACCAGCUGGAGGAAACAGCAACUGAGGUCAGACCUGCAGAACUGUSAUCAGAGAAACUGCCAGGAUUUAGUGUAUCUCCCUCCUGAAGUACUUGAAGGAGGCCUUCCUUCCCAGGAAGGUGAUAUUUACAGCUUUGGAAUCCUGUGUUGGGAGACCCUAAGCAGACAGAAACCUUUUGAAGGUCAAACAACCCUGCUUGAUGUUUUGAGAGGAAUCUGCAGCAGUUUGCGGCCAGGCCUUUCAGAAAAGUUCAUACCAAGCAAUUUGCCUGAGAGGAAUACACUGCUGCACCUCAUUGCYCUGUGCUGGCACCAAGAACCAGAUUAUAGACCACAAACUGCAGAAUGUGUAGAUCUUCUAAAUGGCGUUUUGACUAGUAUAAAUAAGGRGAUGAUCUCUGCAGCAAUCUACAAUUUGAUGGAUGCAAAGGAGAGAGCGCUUAAUGCAUGCAAAGGCUCAGAAACGUACACAUUGCAGAGAGUCACRUGCAAUUCAGAGAUCAUCUGUCCACAAAAAAACAACCRCUUAAUCAGCAAGAAAAUUCCUCUUGUAGUGCCAAGCUUGUCAACUCUUCUAUUUGAUAGCAGUCUGAAUAAUGCAGGAAGAGAUAAUAUUGAGAUGGGUCUGGCAAAUACUACCCCACAGAGUGCAACAGCAAUGAAAGAUCACACAGGUCUUGAGAUUAGAAAAACAAGCUGCUGUUGCACAACUCCUUCAUCUGGUUCAACCGCGGGCAAAGAGAGCAGUCAGCAUAACUCCCCACCACUGGCUUUUAAGCACAGACCACAACCAAUGCACCUUGCACAAGCAGUGACAGAUCCUUGCUGCAAAGGAAACUGCUGUCGAAUACUCGCCUGCCAGAGACAGACCAUACUGAAGUGCAUGACAGAAGGACGCCUCAACCACAUCCUCGAUGUGCUUCGCUCCCAGCAAGCACUGUCGCGAAUGGAUUAUGAAACCAUCACCUCCUACCCCACAGUGACCGGGCGUGCUCGGGCACUGCUGGACACUUGCCUGUGCCUCGGGGAGAAGGCAGCACAAGCUGUAGUGACUGUACUUUCAGUGAACAAAUGGAGUCCUCUGGGACAAGUCAUUCAUUGCCCAGACUGUCCUUCUAAGAAGGAAGAUGAACCGUGGCUUUUUGGAGGUCACUCUAUGGAAGAAUGGUUGUUUGUAAAUCCUUCCAAAUAAGGAACAACAGAGUACUGGUUGAGGAGAAAAAAUUUACUGCCUUUCACUGAGCUCAUAUAUGAGCCAGCUGUUAGAAUGAAAGGAUCCAGAGAAUCAAGAGAUAUUUUUUUCAGUAAAGCCUUAUAUGACUUGGAAGUUUUAUAUUAUGCAUAAAAAUUAUAUCCUCACAGUCAUAUGCUCUGRAAAUAYAGAGGUAGUUAACAUCAGUACUUUGGAGAGGUAGGACCUGGAGCAUUCAUUAAAUGGAAAAACGUCAAUACCUUACAUCUGUGUAUCUCUCUAAAUGAGUCUGCAGUUCAAAUGUAAAAUUGAACCAGGCAGAAGAGGUGCCAAGCUGACCAUUUUCAAACAGUGGUUCUGCUGAACUGUUGUCAUGGUUGUACUCAAAUGGGAGACAGGAUGGGAAGCUUUCUUGCUCUGGCCUGGACUUACCCACGGUCACAGAUGCUUCGGAGAGUCCUGCUGCUGCUUGAACUCAUCCUCAGGUCAUGGACCCUUGGAGUUCACAUGGAGUUCCAGCCCGUCCAGUACAGCAGCACGGAAACAUUGCUGUUAUCAAAAUGUUCCCAGGCACAGUGGAGAAAGAUGAUAAGUGGCACAGCAGGCAGUGAAAGCAACAAAGCAGCCACUAACAAGCACCAGACACUUGUGUACAGAAGGCAAACACGCCCCAUGGCAAGCACCAGAGCCUGUCAAUAGAUAAACAGCAACUGCAGCUGUAAAUGGGAUCCAGCACACUCCAAUCAAAUCUCUUGUUACCUUGAACCCUUCAAGCCUCACACCGCGUGUGAGCCAAAAAGAACAUUUGUGGUUUAACCCCAGCGGACAACUAUGCUGCACAGAACAGCAAAGUGAUAAAACUCAAGGGCUGAGAUACACACAAUUUAACAGAUAAAGCAAAAGCUGCACAAAAGCAAAGUGAAACAGGAAAAUCAUUCACCACUUCCCAUAGGCAGGCAGGUGUUCAGCCACCUCCAGGAAAGCAGGGCUCCAUCCCACAUUAUGGUUACUCAAAAAGACAAAUGUCAUCUCUCCCAAUCUCCCCCCCCUUCCUCCUUCUUCCUACUAUCUACAGGUAUUUCAAAUGCAAACCCAUGUUAUUUGUUUCCCUGUGUUGCUUUUGUUCUCUCUGCAGUUUUAAAGUUCUCAUUGAGUUCAGUAGUUUGGCUGAUUGCGUUUUUAAAUACAGUAAUGACGUGUUAUCUCACUUAAGAGAUAAGAAAUUUGUUACAUCAGAACUUUCAGGUCCAAUGCUGCUGKAACCAUAAAUGUAAUUUAUUUUUUUUACAUGACUUCAUUAAACUUUGAGACUGCCUUGAAUUAAAAUGUUAUUACAAUUAAAAUCAAUGUCUAUCAAAAUAUGUUGACAAUAGUUUUGCUUAUUAAAGGAGCUAAACUUUUAUUUCACAGUUGAAUUUUUUUCAAUCUACAGUUUAAAUGGGAGCUUUUAACAGCCUGCUAAAAAAGAAUGCCUUGCUUGUGAGGAAAAGAACUGCUGUCAYGGUGUUUUGACUGUUUAGAAGGCAUGAAAUACUCAGUAAAACAGAUAAACAUUUACCUGUGGGAAACAGACUUUUAAAAGAGAAAAGGGCAAUAUUGUUGAAACUUAGUAUCAACUUUCAAAAUUAUUCCAUUUAGUUGUUCUGCUGGACACUUUAUAUUCCUGUGAAAGAUGUGCUGCCUGGCAGGCUAUGCUGAAUUUUUGUCAUUGCAUUUUUUGACAGAAACAGAUUUGGCUCUUUUYGGGAAGCAGCUGCCUACUUGAGAAUAUACUUUGAUGCCAAACCUAUGCCCAGUCCUAACUGUUAAUAGAAGAACUGGCAUCAAAACACUGUGGGAGUACAACUGUCCAGUGUGGUAUCUUUGAAGGGAUGCUGCACAUUUGUUGAAAUAAACUUUUGUUGAUAUACAAAGGUUUAAUAYGAAACUGGAACCAGCAUCAAUUUUUCUCACCAARAAUACUUACUCUCAUAAGGCCUGUAACGUGUUGGCUGUGUAUCAAUGUCUCAUGUCACUCACUGGUGUGAAAUAUCAAACUGCUGAAAGCUUAUGGUAUUUUGGAACUGCCCAAGCUUGUUCAUUAGCUAAGAUUUCCAUUGUCCUCACCUCUGUUUUCUGCAAUUGCCUUGAUAUUAUGAAACACUGUAGAAUAAAUGGCACUAAGCCAAAGUAAAGAUAGAAGAAUCAAAUUGUUCUUUAGUUUCUAUGGGAAGAAACAAAGCUUGAAUGUGAAGAAUAACUGGAGUUGCAGGAAGGAACUAUAACACAUGGGUAUCUCUAGAAAACAGCAAAGGGAAUAACAAAAAAAAGUCACUUCAGGGACUGAUCCUACAAAGUGAUUAGUAAAACCCUGUUGCAGUUAUUCAG